UAUCUUUUCCUAAGCAACGAGGAAUAACCUUCUGUUAAAAAGAUCGAGUGCCAAGAAAAAGACCUAAUAUGAUUGUGUCCCCAUGGAAUAUCAGUUAAUAUAAAUUGUAAUAAUAUUUUGUUCAAAGCAUGAGCCCUGACUCAUUAAGAUAUUGACUCUACAGAUUUCGACAUCAGAAAUGGCUGAUGAGGGAACUACAAAGAACACUAAUGGGGAUGGUUAUGAUCUCAAAUCGCUCCUCACUUGCUCAAGAAGAGACUUUCUUGUUCGUAACGAUGGAGAACAAGUUAAAAUUGACAAAUUGAAGGGAAAGAAGAUUGGGUUAUACUUUUCAAGAUCAACUUGUGCCUCUUGUCAGCAUUUCACCCCUGAGCUAGUAGAGGUGUACAAUAAACUCUCCUCCAAAAAUGAUUUUGAAAUCAUUCUUGUCUCGGCUGAUGAUGAUGCUAAGUUUUUUGAGGAGUAUUUUGUCAAGAUGCCAUGGCUUGCUAUCCCAUUUUCUGAUUUAGAGGUACGUGAAAAAUUGAAUGAAUUGUUCAAGGUUGAGGGAAUUCCCCACCUCGUGAUCCUGGAUGAGAAGGGAGAGGUUUUGAGUGAAGUGGGAGCCGAGUUGAUAAUGAAAUAUGGAGAAGAAGUGUACCCCUUCACUCCAGAAAAGGUCAGAGAAUUAAAAGAACAGGAAGAAGCAGCUAAGAAGAAACAAACUUUGAGAUCUAUCUUGGUCACACCUUUCCGCGAUUUUGUACUUUCAAAUGAUGGAAAUAAGGUACCUGUCUCUGAGCUUGAAGGGAAGCCGGUGGCUUUGUAUUUCUUUCACCCCUCAGACGAUCAAUGCCUUGAGUUCACUCCAAAACUCGUGGAAGUUUAUGACAAGUUAAAGGAGAUGGGAAGGAACUUUGAAAUUGUGAUGGUAUUCCUCGAUGAUCAUGAUGAAGAAUUAUUCAAGCAGAGUUUUGGGAGCAUGCCUUGGCUCGCUUUGCCUUUCAGAGACGGGAGUUGGGUGAAGCUGUGUCUGUAUUUUGAGGUCGAAACACUACCUGCUCUGGUUAUCAUUGGACCAGAUGGAAAAACUCUUCAUUCCAAUGCUGCAGAGGACAUUGAAGAACAUGGGAUUCAAGCAUUGAAGAGUUUGACUCCAGAAAUGCUCGAAGCGCCCACAGAGAUUGAAGAGGCAAAACAAGAAGCAGAGACAAUAGAGUCCAUUUUGGUUUUAGGAAAUCAAGACUUUGUGAUCAGGAAUGAUGGAUCUAAGGUUCAAGUGUCUGAUCUUGUGGGAAAGAAUAUCCUCCUCUACUUCUCAGCUAAUGGGAGGCCUGAUCGCAAUUUCGUACCAAAGCUCAUUCAAGCAUACCACAAGAUUAAGGCAAAAGAUAAUUCAUUUGAGGUGAUAUUCAUCUCUAGUGACAAUGACCAGGCCUCAUUUGAUAAAUUCUUUUCAAGAAUGCCAUGGCUGGCACUCCCCUUUGGCGAUGUGAGAAGUUCGUACUUAAUUAGCAAACUAUGUGUCUCGGGAACCCCCAUAGUUGUAGCCAUUGGACCAAAUGGUCAGCCAGUCACAACAAAUGCUGCUGAUCUAAUAAGAGCUCAUGGGGCGGGUGCUUAUCCCUUCACAGAAGACCGUUUGAAGGAGAUUGAAACCGAGAUUCAAGAAAUGGGGAAGCUGUGGCCUAAGAAGGUGGAGCACAAGCUCCAUAAGGAGCAUCAGCUGGUGCUCACUCGACGUCUCUAUUUUAGGUGCGACGGCUGUGGCAAUGUUGGGCGUAACUGGUCAUUCGUUUGUGAAGAGUGUAACUUUGACCUCCAUCCACAGUGUGCUUUGGCAGAAGACAGAGGAAGCAUGGUGUGCAAAUUACUAAAGAAUGUUCAAUCUUGGAUAGAAUUUAUUGUGUCAAAGAUUAAGAUGUUACUGUUUGGGGUUUGAAACUCUUGAUUAUUUUAUCUCACCCCUUAUUGUAUGCUGUGUAAACUUUGAAGGAACAUAAUUGUCUAUAUCAGAUUCCAUAUUUAUUUGGUUUUUCUGGCA